AAAACAAAUCUUGUUUUUACGAGUUACGAGAUUUACUUAUUUCCGAGCUUAUUAAAAAAUAAUGUAAUUAAAAGCCUAAAAGGCUUAAUCAUGUGUACUAUUCUUUAGUUGAAUUUGUUUUUAACUUAAUUUAAGCUGAAUUACGAUGUUGAUAAUGCUCUUAUCUGUAUCCUCUCUAUCCAAUGUUUUUGUUAAGUUUGUAGUUGAUAAAAGUAAGAUAAAAUAAAAAAGCAGUAAAUUACUUUGUACAGGCAAAGUUCAAAUCGAAUUAUUAAUUAAAUAUCGCUAUAAAGAUGGUGUCGCGCAAGAGAGUGUUCGAUUUGCUGAGGACCAUUAAUUCUGCGUCAUGCCAAUGUCCAGCACAUGGUUAUAGAGGUAAUUUUCAAGUGUCCAAUGCUACACCAGAUAAGGAUUAUGCUUUCGAAAUAAAAUGUUCAACGGUGAGAUAUGGCCUUGGUGUGACAAGGGAGGUGGGUCUAGACCUUGUCAACCUCCAAGCUAAGAAUGUUUGCAUCAUGACUGAUGCCAACCUAGUUAACCUGAGUCCUGUCAAAGCUGUACUUGACUCUCUGACCAAGAAUGGAAUCAAUUAUAAAGUUUAUGACAAAGUGCGAGUAGAGCCUACCGAUACUAGUUUCAAGGAUGCGAUCAAGUUCGCUAAAGAGGGUAGUUUCGACAGUUUCGUCGCGGUAGGCGGUGGCUCUGUGAUGGACACUUGCAAAGCUGCCAACCUGUAUUACUGUGACCCUGACGCUGAUUUCUUGGACUAUGUCAACGCCCCUGUAGGGAAGGGGAAAGCUGUGGAUGUCCAGCUCAAACCUAUGAUUGCUAUCCCGACGACUAGUGGUACAGGUAGUGAAACAACAGGAGUCAGUAUAUUCGAUUACGAAGAGAUUCACGCAAAGACAGGCAUUUCUCACGGGGCGUUGCGUCCUAUACUAGCUCUCAUAGACCCUCUCCACACGUUGACUUUACCAGAGAAGGUGUCAAAUUAUGCUGGUUUUGAUAUAUUCUGUCACGCGCUUGAGAGUUUUACGGCUAUUCCGUACACAGAGAGAGGACCAGCGCCUCCCAAUCCGGCGCUGAGACCAGCGUAUCAAGGCAGUAAUCCCAUAUCAGAUGUGUGGGCGAGGUUCUGCUUGCAGCUCCUGGAGAAGUACUUCGCCCGCGCAGUGUAUCGCGCGGAUGACCUGGAGGCUCGUUCCAACAUGCACUUGGCAGCCACGAUGGCGGGCGUCGGCAUCGGCAACGCUGGGGUCCAUCUCUGCCACGGGCUCGCCUAUCCCAUCGCUGGCAAUGUCAAGAGUUUCGUGCCACAAGAUUACGGAUCGAGCCCCAUUAUUCCCCACGGGCUUUCAGUAGUCGUGACGGCCCCAGCAGUCUUCAGGUUCACCGGAGCCAGCGACCCUGACAAGCACUUGGAAGCAGCGUCACUCCUCGGCAAAGAUAUAUCCAAUAAGAGGCGAGAUGACGCGGGGAAAGUGUUAGCUGAUACGAUUCUGCUGUAUAUGGACGUUAUGAAGAUUGAGAAUGGCUUGAGUGGGUUGGGUUACGCGAGGGAUGAUAUUCCUGAUCUCGUCAAAGGAGCUCUACCGCAGAAACGUCUGCUAAAUAUCGCCCCUUUGCCACAAUCAGAGGAAGACUUAUCAAGGUUGCUGGAAGAUUCUCUUACCAUAUACUGAACGUAAAUAUUUAAGUUGAAGUGCUAUUUUUAUUUCAGGGAUUAAGUUGAUAUUGGAAUAUAUUAUUAAAUAUUAUAUUUUUAUAAUAAAUCAUAAUUGUUAUUGUUAUAAAA